CGGUAGGGACAGUUGGGAUUUCGGUAGGUCUCUCCCACUAUAUAUGUGCGCUAUGAAUACAUGAAUGUUAUACCAGAAAGCCCAAGAGAUUGAAGAGAGUAACAAUGGAGCACAGAGUUUGUCUGGUGAUGGUUUUUGUUGCUUUGAUCACCAAAGAAGCAAUGGCAGCUCAACAUGUUGUUGGGGGGAGCCAAGGUUGGGAAGAAUCUACAGACUUCAGCUCAUGGGCUUCAGGUCAAAAAUUCAAGGUUGGCGAUCAACUAGUUUUCAAGUACACAUCAGGGCUACACAGCGUGGUUGAACUUGGCGGCGAGAGUGCCUACAAGAGUUGUGACCUUGGUACUGCGUUAAACUCAAUGAAUACUGGCAAUGAUGUUGUGAAACUGAACAAACCUGGAACACGUUACUUCGCCUGUGGUACUUUAGGCCACUGUGGCCAAGGCAUGAAAGUGAAGAUUACGGUAGAAUCCGGGACUGCUCCGUCUACCCCAGAAUCAUCGUCUUCGUCUUCAUCUUCAUCUCCCGCAGCUUCCUCUGCAUCCCCCAUGCACAGUUAUUUUGCUGCAUUUGUUCUUCUCACAGCGUUGGUGGCCACCAGUUUGCUAUACAUGUUUUGAACAUGCAUAUGUGAUAUGAGAGGUUCAAGUAUUCAAUAGUUCCUAU